AUGUCAAAUUCAGCAGAUUCAGACAAUGAGGAUUACAUGUCUUCGAAAUAUCUUACAGAGAUACCUUUGUCUUCAACUACGAAGCCAAAAACGUACUCGGAGCUCCGUCGUCAAAAGCUCUCAUCCAAGUCUGGUUAUAUAAAACCCUUACGAGAACGGGAAAAGGAGAGUCGAGAACAGGGUCUUUCAAAGCGCAUAGAUGAUAAUGCAGACUCACCAGGUUUAAAACUAUUAAAAAAAAUGGGUUAUGAAAUAGGAAAACCUUUGGGAAAGGAUUCUAGUGGAAUCACAGAACCAAUAAACAUCGAAAUGAAAUCUGAUAAAUCUGGUUUGGGAUUGUCUUCUGAGCUUAAGCAAAAAGCUGAAGCGGAACUUUCUAGGAAAGCUAAACGAGCAAAAAUUAGUGAAGAGUCAUUUAUCGAACGUGUGCGCAAAGAACAAGUAGAAAAAAAGAUUAACGCACAGUUGAAUAAAGCGCAAAAAGUGUGUGAAACUUUAGAUACGAGAAAGGGUAUAAUGGAUAAUAUAUUCUGGUUAAGCAAAGAAAAUGAAGAAAGCGAUGAAGAAACCUCGGAAUUUGAACAACUAUCGUCAGCGGAGAAGCUUGACAAUAUUUUAAAAUAUAUGCGAGAAAAAUAUAAUUAUUGUUUUUGGUGUGGAUGUGAAUACAGUAAUGUUGAGGAGCUAGAACAACUAUGUCCUGGAAUUGAAGACGAUGAUCAUGAUUAA